CCCAGGGCCAUCCAGGGCCCCCCCUGGACCUUCCUGGGGUCCGCCAUGAUCCGCGCGCCCGGCGUCAACGCCGUGCUCAAUGGCCUGGCCUUGGCUCGGCAGAUCCUGCGGCGCCAAAACGCCUUUGAGGAAGCCGUCAUCGGGAGGAGACCCCCAAGCAGCUUCCUGGAUCUCCGCGAACUCUCCUCGCCCUCACUGUGGCUGCUGGCGUGUCGUCGCUCCCACAAGCAGCUGUCCAAAGCGCUGGCUGGGGAGCAUCGCAAAGAGGUGGAAGAGUUAUUGGCCCAAUACUCUGAGCUCCUGCGUUUCAGUCAGGUACUUGAUAAGGCCAAGGCUUUGCGGCCGCAGCUUCUGCUCAGGCUUUACUCAAGACUCGCGAGUCGGUGGUACUACCAGGCCGUGACCACCGGCCUACAGAAAGGGUUAGUCAAGCCUGGGGAAACGAAAGGAAUUCCUUCGGCAGUUUUGCUGCAAGUGAAGAACAAGGAAGCCACAGAGAAGCUGAUGGAAGAUGUGCAGAAGCAGCAGGCCAACUACAACAUGACUCUUCAGCGAGGACUACAGGGCAAAGGAUACCUGGACCUCAAUGAAGAGGACUUGAUAGGCCUCAGCAAUGAGAUGAAAUCUGUUUGGGAGAGUCACUUGGGCUCUGCUGCUGUAUGGCGGAAGACCAAAUAUCGAGUUCCCAUUGGCCAUGACUCCUUGGGAAAGAUCUCCUCCUUUUGCCAGAAUGGUGCCACCCGGAAACGUCUGUUCCAGGAGUUCUACGCUGGCUUCGAUUCCUCCUUGGAUGAGGCCGCCUUAGAGCUGUUGAGAGCCAGGAAGCGGCUAGCUGAAAAGCUUGGCUUUAGGAGCUAUGCUGAUCUUGAAAUGGCGCCCAUGGCGGUCAGAGAUGAGGCGACGGCGAGACGCUUCAUGGACCAAUGUUGGAAAGAUGCGCAGCCUGCCAUGUCCAAAGUCGUCAAGAAGAUGAAAGAUUGGAGUGGACGAGGUGGCAAGAAAGAGGUGAGCCAAGUGGACCAGGUUUUCUGGCAAGCUAUGGUGACACGAGAGGCAGACACUUGGAAGUUGGCACAUUUUCUUCCAGCAGACCGGUCACUGCCUCGCUUACUGGAAGUGGUGGGCAAGGCCUAUUCGGUGACCUUCAGAGAGGUAGAUCCACCCAGUUGGGCCUCACGACUCCUCAAUGGCUGGCACAAGUCCGUGCAGGUUUUUGAGGUGACCGAUGGGCCACCUUCAGCGGUGAGAGCACUGGGACAGCGUCCAAAGAAGUUGGGCUAUGUCUACCUUGACCUGUACCGAAGGAUCAGCUGGCUGGGACGACCAGCUUUGGAGCUGGCAGGGGCCGCAAGGUUAUGUCCCGGCCAUGCAUAUCUCUGCUGCAACUUGGUGAACGCUGGCGUUGGUCAAGGGAAGCUGCUAAGCCCUGAAGAGGUGGUGGGCAUCACUCAUGAGCUCGGCCAUGCUGUGCACAUGCUUUGCCACACCGGAAGCCCUUCAGAGUUCGACGAUCUGCCGCUGGAUGUGCUGGAGCUGCCCUCUACGCUCCUAGAGACGAUCGCUGUGCAGCCCGAAAACAUGACGCAGUACGCGCGGCAUUGGAGCAGCGAGAGUCUUCCAGACAAAGAGUUGCUGAGAUCUUGCCAGAGGGAUUCGCACUUCUUCGUUCGAGUCCUACAAAACGCGAGCAUCUCUUUGGGGCUCCAUGCAGAGGACUUUGAUCCCUUCAGCAGCACAGCGAGUGAUGUCCGCGCAAAAGCCGUUGCACUGUGGCAGCGAUACUCCACCGUGGAAGCGGAUCCCAUCUUCACGCCCUUGGGCGGCGACGCAGGUCUCAAUGUGGGCCAUGGAGCGAACCAUGUGGCGUACCUCCUGUGCUACCUACGUGUUGCUAGCAUCCUGCAGAACAAGGGUGGCAGGAAGGAUGUCCGAGACCGACUGCUGCAACCCGAGUUCGCAUCAAGGUUGAGGUCUCAAUUGUUGGACGCCAACUUCCCAGGAGAACGGAUGGCCUCCAUCCACCCUACCCUGGUGGAAGCGAAAGGUCGUGACCUUCCACAUCCCCUCCCACCGCUUCCGAGUAGCACGUCACUACUCUUCCAGCAAGUGGCAUAGUGAAUUGAUUAUUGGUUGGUGUGGGCUCAAAAAUGAUGGAAGUCGAUUUCUG